GAUAUUCAUACAAACGAAAGUUGCAGAUUUGGAGGGCGGCGACAGACUAGGGUUUUUGCUUGGAAUAUUGUUGCUGUUUCUCCCAAUUGCUUCACGAUGAUCUAUGAUGUCAACUCUCAUCUGUUCCGCUCUUUCCUCAGCCAGAAGGGAGGAGGAGCCUACGACAAAAGAAAAAUUGAGGAGCAGAAGCCCAAAGAGCAAAGAUUCAAGGCAAAUGAGAACAAGCCUGUCAUGACAGAGUAAUAACAACGUGAAUAUGUAGGUUGUAGAUCAUAUUGUAGUCAAGUUUGAAUUGUUUCAAUAGAACCAGUUUUCAUAUUCCUUGUAUGACUUUAUUAACGUUCUGCCAUAUGGAGGCUUUGUGCUUGCAAUGAGCAAGUUUAUGUCAAUUCAUGAUUAUAAUCCAAGCACAUCUUUCUUUUUA